UGCGGGCUGGGGGUGGGUGGUCUGGACGCCCCGAGAACCCCGCGGGGAGGGGUGGGCUGCCCUCCUCCCCCGCCUCCCCCGGGAGGCUUCCGGGCCACCUCUCCUGUCCCAGCGAUCGAUCGGACACCCAGGUUUCCUUCCAGGAUUGACAGCUGUGUGACGUAAUGAACCAAGCCUGGGUUGGAGCGUUCUCAGGCUGGGUUCGAAUCCCAUCUCCCCACUUACCACGCCAUCUCACAGGGACACUUCCCUACCCUUCUAACACCUCUGUUUCCCCACUUGUGAAAUGAGUGUGUUCAGACCUUCAUACAGGGGUGUUGCAGAAGCACCUUGGCACUAACUCUCUGAUGGCAGCAAACAUUUGUAUAACAUUUACUAUGUGCCAGGCACUGUUCUGGUGCUUUCCAUAUAUCAGCCCAUUUAACUCCCCCAGUACAAGGAGGAAGGUACUAUUAUUACCCCUAUUUACAGAUGUGGAGACUAAGACACAAAGAAAUUGACUAAUUUGCCUUAAGGUCACAUACAGCAGUUGACAGAACCAGGAUCUAACCUACUACACUCACUGCCUCUGGCACAGGGGAGAGGGGUGUGGGGGGAGGGGGGUCCAGGUAAUGGCAUAUGACUUUUGGACCACUUGCGACACCUUUCCCAGCCCACCAAAGAUAUUCUCCCAACCCUACCCUAUGACUUAAAGUGUCUGAUAAUUCUGACCCAUGACCUUGCUGGGGCAAAGGGCUUCGUUUGAUCAGCUUUCAGACUGCUUUAGUUUUUCUUAGGUACCUUGCUCCUUGCUAAGUGCUGUGGAGUCCCCUAGCCUCGGGUAGUUUGUAUGUGAUUGAAGACACAACCUUAUUUCCUCAUCAGUUAAAUGUUUAAGUACCUCCUCAAAAGAAAAAUGAGGCUGCCCCUAGUCUCAAGGAGUGUGUGGGUUUUGUGAGAGAGACAGGCUUAGACACAGACUAUACUAAGGGGUGGACACUGAGAAAGGGGAAAGAGAAGGGGGCAGGCUGAGCCCACUGGAGCCCUGUGUCCUGGGUGGGGACAGGCAGGCUGCUGCCAAUUCCCAUGUGGAAGUCUGUCUGGAUGGGAGAUGGGAGGGCCAGCUGGAGGCACGAGCCAAACUGUUCAGUAGAUGAUGACAGGGUAGUGAGGACAAAGGCAUGGGAGAAGACCCCAAAAGUAAGUCCCCUACAGGAGCUUGCCUGCAGGAGCUCCCUUGAGGAUGCUCACUGCCACUGUGGUGCUGGGGGUGAGCUGGAAGAGGCCUGGGGGUCCAUCAUGGGGGAAGUGGAUAGGAGAAGGGCGGGGAUCCCUACAAAGGGGCUUACUCAGAUGACAGAUCCAGUGGGUGAGACGUACACAGGGCAACAUGAAUGACGUUUACAAAUACUGAAUGCACGUUUGGCAAGCCACACACAAAAAGAAGCACAUCAAACACAUGGAAUAGUUGACUAUGGUGUGGAACAAUGGAGUGGGACAGAGUUAAAAGGAAAUAAAUAACUAGAAUCAAAGAGAGGUCUUAUCCAGACAAGUGUCUUUCCUGAACUGGAAAAAAAAAAGAAAAAAGAAAGAUUAAUUUGUCCCCAUGCACCCAAGGCCUGAAAAGUGGAGGUAGGGAAAAAAUACAAGAGAAACAAGAGAAAGCUCAGGUCUAACCUGGGCCCUGUUACUAAUUUGCUGUGUGAACAUAGGCAAGCCCCGUCACUUCUCUGGGCCCAGUUUCCACCUGUUUAAAAAAAAAAUCAAUUCUCAGAUCUCUUCCAGCUCUAAGUUUUUAUGAGCCAUGGUAAAUAAUCUUGGGCCACUUGGUAGAGAAACCAAUACAAGCUUUAUGGAGUGCUAGGGCUUGAACCUUAGAGAAUGGGGCUUGGGGAGAGGUAAAGAAAGGGAGGAGAGCUCUCAGACAGGGGAAACAUUGAAAGCAAAGCCAUGAAGAUUACAGUGGAUGGUUGUGAAAAGUCUGACCCAGGGCUCAAUGUGUCAGGUGGGGCCUGAGCCCAGCUCUCCCCUGGGACUUCCUACCCUGGCUGGCGUACCACCUACAAUCCAACUGCCAAGUCAGAGACCUUCCAGUCCUCCUAGUUCUAUAUUCACCAGUUACCAAAGAACUCGCAAGCCCACCCCCACUCCCACUAUAAUGCUGCUUUAGUCCAAGGCUUUGAGCCUGGACUCUGCUCUGAAACAUCCUUCCUCCACUCCCCCUGAGUAUCCUUUCUACACCUCAAGACUGACCACAUCACUUCUGGAUGAGUGAUCCUUCCAUCUUCCCUGGCCUCAGCUGAGGUUCUCCAUCCUUCUUCUGCUGCUAUACCUUUCCAAUAUAAACACAGCCAACAGCAAUGGCGCCCAACACAAUGAUUCUCAUCCAGAGACGAUGUCAGAUUCUAAAGUCUUGAGAAGAGGAGACAGUGGGUAUCCAUCAAGGACACAGCCUUUAUCGUAUCAUUCAGGGCAUUUAGAAUGAUGCCCUUGAACCAGUACCUCCCACUGUUUCAGCUCCAAUUCCAUCACUCCCUGCCCGUCACAAGUUAAGUUGCAAACAGUGUGAACACAUCAGAUACGCUCACAGUUCUGUGGCUUUGCACGUCUUAGUCCCUCUGCCUGGAGUAUACCAGUUCCUCCACCACCAACCUGGUCUGCCUUGCAAAUCCUACUCACCCUACCAAACCCAGCUCAGAUGCCACCUCCUCUGAGCAGCCUUCUUUACUUCCUCCUUACCUAGACAAAACUAAUCACCCCUUGUUUUCGCUACCCUGCGCCAUGAAUAUGCCUGAAGCUUUUCACUUCUCCCACAGGGUUGUAAUUGAGUCCUGGUCUGUGUACCUGAUGGACCCCCAAUAGGCUGUGAAUUCUUGCAGGUGUUCACUGCUUGGUGGAUUAAUUAUUGCACCCCCUGCACCAGCACAGUACCUACACAUGGCGCCAAUGGUGCAAGUUUGUUCCAUUGGGUUUAUUUAAUAGGUGUUUGGCAGGUAAUGGCUCUUCCUUUUCACUCUCCGCAGAAAACAAGUGAUUGCUUUUCUCUCCUCAUUUUUGGAAGCCCUGCCUACCACUCAGCUGUAGUGGACAUCCUGGUUCCUUGAUGGACGAAGAAAGCCAACUGAUCCAGCCUCAAGACCAGAGCUGCUGGGCCGCUCUGCCCGAUGUGUGCCUGCGUCGUGUUUUCUGGUGGCUGGGAGACAGGGACAGGUCCAGAGCAGCCCUUGUCUGCAGAAAGUGGAACCAGAUGAUGUAUUCAGCUGAUCUCUGGCGAUACAGAACCAUCACGUUCAGUGGGAGACCUUCCAGGGUACACGCGUCUGAAUUCGAGUCGGCUCUUUGGUAUGUGAAGAAAUUUGGUCAUUAUCUGGAGCACCUGGAGAUCAAAUUCCUGAAUCCUUACAACGCUGUCCUAACCAAGAAGUUCCAGGUCACCAUGCGAGGGCUUCUCUCAUAUCUGGGCAAGAGUAACAACCGCCUGAAGUCUCUCUCCAUCCAGCACCUGGAACUGGACCGCCUGGUCUGGAGGAACAGCAUCAGGAGCUCGUUCAUCAAAAGCCUGAGCUUCUUCUUGAAGAAGAUGGGCAAACACCUGGAUUAUCUCAACCUGAAGGGGGCCAGGCUCACCGUGGAGCAAGGCUGCCACGUGCUCAACUCCCUGAGCUACUUAAGGAGCAAGAGCAUGGUGUCGGAGCUCAACAUCGAGGACUACUUCAGUCACCACCUCGCCGUCUACAGCAGCCUCCAGUUCCACAAGACCAUGGCCACGUUCCGCAGCCUCGUGUCCCUGACCCUCAACUACAACUGCAUCUCCGAUGAGCUGCUGGAGAACUUGUGUGAGAACAAUGCCGGUACCCUCUGGACCAUGAACGUGAAGUGCCACGUCCAUGACCCCCACAGCCAGGUCAUCUGGGGCAUGUCCUGGGCCAAGCUGGCCAGGCACGCCACCAGCCUCAAGGUGAACUUCUUCUUUGAGCGAGUCAUGAAGCACGAGCGCUUGGCCCGGAUCCUCCUGCAGGAGAUCCCGGUCAGGAGCAUCAGCCUGAGGAGCUGCUACUUCAGCGACCCGGACUGGUCCAUGAGGCCCACUCUGACGGACCUCCUGCCCACCUUCCGGCACACCCUGCAGAAGCUAACUUUUGAGUUCAACAACAACCAUGAGUCUCUGGACGAGGAGCUGCACCUCCUCAUCUUAUCCUGCAGGAAGUUGUUUUAUUUCAAAAUCUGGGCUUUCCUCGAUGUUAAGUUUGUGGAACGGAUCCUGAAGAGUCAGGAAGAAGGGCAGUGUGCUCUGCGCACACUCAAGGUGAGAAUUUACACAAACAGAUGUGAGACGAAUGAAGAGGACAGGACACUGCGGGAAAUUUACAGGAAGUACAGAAAGCUGAUCGAUUCAGAGCUUAACUAUUUUGUCAUCGCCUACCCCAUGAUGUAAGGAGCGCUCUCCACAGGAAGAAAGCUAGGAGCACUUUGAACUUGACAAUCUGGUCCACGUAGAACGACACUUGGGGCAUCCCCUAGCCCCACCCCCUUUUCUCGUCUCUCUCCUUGUUGCCAGUUUCACACCACCAUGACACCCCAGCAACGUCUGGGACUGCUGGUCACGUGAAGACCCCAGGUGACUUUAAAGUGCUACCUUUACCAACCAUCCGUGGUGAUUUCUCUUUUUCUCAUUUGCUCUUGCUUUUUGACCCUCGCUCAGCCACGGAGCUGAAAGCCCAAAGCUGCUCGGAGCAGGGUCUUUCUAGAGGACCCUGACUCCUGCUAACCUCGCUCCUGAAAAGGAGUUAACUAACUAGCCGGGGAGCAAGCAGAGCCGCGUUUUCCACUGACUGACACUGUCAGUUCAGAAAUGCUCCCUAUCCUGGCUGACCUUUGUGUCAGAGCCUCGUGACACAGACCUUGGCCAGGCCUGACCUCAGAUGAAUGAACCUGCCAGCAAGCCCUCAUGUGAAGCAGGGAAAUCCUGCUCGGAGCCGGACUCCCUCCCAGGGAAGGAGAUCAGCCCCGAAUUCAUCUGUGCUGUGGACUCAGCAAUCCCACACCUGCUUUUCAGGCGUCUCUUCUAUUUAUUCCCCAUACAGGCAGCAUGGUGCCCAGCCCGGGGUGAACGCCCAGUCCUCACGUGGGGCUGAACAAAUGGCCGGUGCAUUCAUAUUCACCAAGAAUUUGUAACGUCAUGGGGAGAUGUUCCUAAUGCCAUGCGAAGUGAAAAAAGCAGGACACAAAACUGUAUUUAGUGUGACGUCAAUCGUGUAAAACACAUAUAAAGUGUUUUUUUUUUUAAGCAUAGAAGAGAUACACCAAAAAUGUUAAGUUAUCUCUGAGUGGUGGGAUUAUGGGUGAUUUUUAUUUUCCUUCUUAUGCUUUCUCCUAUUUUUCAAAUUUUCUACAAUGACCAUGUCAUUUUUAUAGUCAUGGGGAAAUCUAGUGUGUUUUAAAUAAGGAGUAAUGGUAAGGCCCACGCCAGAGAGAUGUAUUGCUUCUGGUCUUUCGAGUUUUGUGCACAUAGCUGUAUAUAGGGUUUUUUUUUUCUUCAAUAGGUAUGAAUUAAUAAAGUCUCAGAAUACUUUUGACAAGCAUCUCA